AUGUCUCGGUUUUCGCAUUACGACACCGAUGAAGAACGACUACCCGAGGGCAUGCGCCGGGUUGGUUACGAUGCUGACACUCAGGUUUACACGUUCCAAGACGCAGACGGCAGCUACUGGGAGAGUGCCCCCGGUUGUCAGUAUGGACAGCUAACACGCGUUGGCCACGGGCUUCCGGAUGAUGCUGCCGACACCGAGCCCUUCUUGAUGCCUCACGAGAGUUCGCCUUCCAAGUCGUGGCGGGCCGAGCUGAUGCCACUUCUUAACUUUGGCGUCAUUAUCGGCGUGUGUCUCCUGGGUCUUUUUUGGUACCUUCAUUACGCUGCAUCUGGUGAAGAAACUUCCCGACCGAUCUGUGUCUCUGGCACUUCGCCAUACACAGUCAAAAAAGAUGAUACCUGCUGGGCCAUCGCAAAUGGGCGAGGAAUCAGCGUCGACUCGAUCUUGAGCGCAAACGAGGGGUUGGACUGUGAUAUGUUGAGAGUGGGAUCUAUUAUCUGUCUACCCGAUUAA